AUGGCAGACGUAGAAAUGGCAGAUGCCCCACCAGCUACAGGAAAGAAAAACGGUCUUAAGAAGGCAGGAGGUGGUGAAGGUUCGGAAGGCAAAAAGCGCUUCGAAGUGAAGAAGUGGAACGCGGUAGCUUUGUGGGCAUGGGACAUUGUUGUCGAUAACUGCGCUAUCUGCAGAAAUCAUAUUAUGGAUCUUUGUAUCGAAUGUCAAGCAAACCAAGCCUCUGCCACAAGUGAGGAGUGCACUGUAGCUUGGGGAAUUUGUAACCACGCUUUCCAUUUUCAUUGCAUCUCCCGUUGGUUGAAGACACGCCAAGUUUGCCCACUUGAUAACAGAGAUUGGGAGUUCCAGAAGUAUGGUCGUUAAGUUGGGAUUUUGAGAUUGUAUUUGAGAUUGGAUGGGGUACUUGAGGAAGAUGAUGAAGCUAC